AAAAACGAUGAAAACAAAAUAGAGGCGCGAAAAAUUUUAGUCCGAAAAGGGUUAGUUGGUCGGUCGUGUUAUGCCUUCUAUGCGACCGUCGAGUCAGCAAUAAGCAUAUUAUUACACGACAAAAUGUAGCCUUCUAUAUUUGGGAUGCGCCUACACGUGGGGUACCGUCACAGUCGUGUACCUACCGUACCUGCUAUGUAAUAUUAUAAUUAACCCCAAAGACGACUCUUUGGCCCGUGUAAUAGAACAGCCAACGACGACUAUUUCCAAAACGUCAUUAAAAAAAAAAAUAUGAAAAUUGAUAAUCGAUUUUUGGAGGUUUUUCUUUCUUUAAAGUUGAGCCAAAAUAGUUUGUCGUUCGUUCAACGGCAUUAGUCCAGUAUAUUAUAAUGUUAUAGGUCAUAAAACGGAGCUGAUCCAUUUUCCUCCAAAAAAAAAAAAAAUAAUUGUUGACCAUUUUCUAUUUUCCUCCAAAUUCCAACAAAUAAAAUAAUAAAAUUGUAUGAAAUAUUAUAUUUUUUUUUGUAGUACAAAGUAAAAUAAUACGACGUUUGUUUGCUGGAAAGUCUUUUGAUUUUUUUGGAGUAUGAAUACUUCUUAUCUAUUAUAUAAAAAUAAGUCCGGUUUUCCUCCCUGACGCUAUAACUCCAGAACGCACGAACCGAUUUCCACGGUUUUGCAUUCGUUGGAAAGGUCUUGGGCUCCGUGAGGUUUAUAGCAAAGAAAAUUCUGGAAAAUUCAGGAAAAAUUCAACAGAAAAGUGGGGAAAUCGUUUUUCACAUACAGCGCCAUCUAUUAUACAUAGCAUGUACUUCAAACCAAUAGCAACGGUGCGUGAUAAAGUGUGUGACAGAUAGUCAUUAUUCUCUGCUCAGUUAAUUUCAUUUAAGCUCAGUGUAAAUUAUGUGGAUCGUGCAUUUGAAGUUAAAUUCAACACUCUGUCCAUAGUCCAAAAUGCCUAGAGAACGACGUGCGAACAUCGGCCGCCGCACAAGACAUGCAAGCCAGCAACAAGUCUAUUCAAGGAACUUAAGAGAAGAAAGACAAAAUAUAAUAAGAGAAAAUGACCGAUUGAGACAUCGCGUGAGCACACGAAGAUCAUUGGCAUCAUACAAUCGCUUGGCAUUCCAAUAUGAUCCCACUGCGAACUACAGUGAUGAUGAAAAUUUGGAUAUUGGACGAAUGACGACUAUAUGCCGAUAUUGCAAUGCGGUAAAGUUCAAAAGAGAAACGGUUGGAUUGUGCUGCGCAAGUGGAAAAGUCAAACUGGAUCCAUUACUUUUCAGCCACUGAAAACAUUGUUUGAUGGAAGUGAUCCCGAUUCCAGCCAUUUUCUUCAACACAUCCUUGAAUACAAUAACUGCUUUCGCAUGACUUCCUUUGGAGCUAAUAUCAUUCGAGAAGGCGGCUUCAUGCCGACUUGCAAGAUACAAGGUCAAAUAUAUCAUUUGCAUGGUUCAAUGGUGCCAACACCAGAUGAACCGCAUCAAUUUCUGCAAAUAUAUUUCAUUUCGUCGAUGGUGGAUCAGCUGAACGUGCGGUGCAAUAUACAGGGAGCACAACAGUUAAAGAGACGAAUUAUUGAACAGUUGCAAGCAUUUUUUCACGCUAAUAAUGCUGUGGUUAAUAUGUUCAAAACAGCAUUGGAACGAAUGCCAUCGGAUACGCACAAAUUUGUCAUAAGAGCGGAUUGUACUCCAACAGGUGAACAUGUGCGAAGAUUCAAUGCACCCACCGUUAAUGAUGUUGCUGCAAUUAUUGUUGGCGAUCCAACUAAAUCACGAGACAUUGUCGUUCAGCGAAGAAGCAAUAUCAUGCAUCGUGUAAACGAGACACAUCGUUUGUACGAUGCGUUACAAUAUCCAAUCAUUUAUUGGCAAGGGCAAGACGGAUACGACAUCACGUUGAAGAUGGUCGAUCCAAUUACAGGAGUAUCAACGAAUAAUAAAAAUCUAAGCGCAAUGAAUUACUAUGCGUAUCGUAUGAUGAUUCGUACACAUGAGGAGAAUGUCAUUCUGAAGUGCGGUCGGCUAUUCCAGCAAUUCGCUGUCGACAUGUAUGUCAAAGUCGAGACCGAACGUUUAGCGUUCAUCAGAUUCAAUCAGCCAAAGCUACGAUCUGAGGACUAUAUACACUUGCGUGAUGCUAUUCAUUCAGAUGGUGAUGUUCAGAAUAUUGGACGACUGACGAUUCUCCCAUCAACUUAUAUCGGAAGCCCACGCCACAUGCACGAAUACGCUCAAGACGCUAUGACGUACGUGCGAAAUUAUGGAACUCCGGAUUUAUUUAUUACGGUCACAUGCAAUCCGAAGUGGACGGAAAUUGAACGCGAGUUGGAACCGGGUCAAAAACCGCAAGAUCGCCAUGACAUAAUCGCCAGAGUAUUUCAGCAAAAACUCAAGGUUAUGAUGGAUGUGCUUACUAAGUAUCGAGUUUUUGGUGACACACGUUGUUAUAUGUACUCGGUGGAAUGGCAGAAGCGUGGACUACCGCAUGCUCAUAUCCUAAUUUGGUUGCUGAACAAAUUACAUUCAAAUGAAGUGGAUGACAUCAUAUCAGCUGAAAUUCCUGAUCCAGUCACUGAUCCCCGUCUACACGACAUUGUGACGACACAGAUGGUGCAUGGACCGUGCGGUGCAUUAAAUCCAUUAUCGCCUUGCAUGGCUGAUGGAAAGUGCACAAAACGAUAUCCGCUAUAG